UUUGCGCAGUGCAACAUGUAUCCGAAAGCGUUCGAGCGUCUGGGUGCGGCGCUUGCCAGCAAUCCGAGCUACGGACCGGCCGUUCUGGCGGCCGGCAGCAUCAUGCAGACGUAUGGCGACUACGACGUGGCGCUGACCAAGUACCGCGCCAUCGCCUCGGCGCCGGAUGAGAGCCCUGCUCUAUGGAACAACGUCGGCAUGUGUUUCUUUGGCAAAAAGAAGUACGUCGCGGCUAUCAGCUGCUUGAAGAGGGCCAACUACCUGAACCCCAUGGAUUGGCAGAUCCUGCAUAACCUCGGUCUGGUGCACCUGACCAUGGAGCAGUACGCCUCUGCCUACCAUUUCUUCAACGCCGCAGUGCACUUCAAUCCGCGCAACGGACAACUCUUCAUGCUGCUCGCCAUUGCGUUGCGAAACCUCCAGGACCCGGACAACGCAAAGCGGGCGUACGAAAGAGCCAUGGCCUUGGACGAAGAGCCUCUGGUAUGCCUGAAUUACGCCGUCCUGAUGCAUGACAUGGGAGAUCACAAGGCUGCGGCCAGGCUGCUCGGACAGUUCGAGGAGCGGUGCCUCAAGCAGCUGCAGACUUCGGGAAUAGAAAUUGACGCGGCGGUGACGCAGAUGGCCAACAACCUCUCUAGUUCUCUGCAGUCGACGAGCGCGGACAGCAAGAGCUACGACGAAGUGCCGGACUCGCCGGACAGGAACGACGAGUCCUCACAAGAGAGAAGCGAAUAAAUGCACGCGUCUCAGGCCCCGAGCAUGUCGCACAGUAUAUGCGUUGACGAUACUCAUGUGCGGAAUGGGGGAAAUUUUUGUCUGACGCCGUCAUAUCGACGCAGUUUAUUUUUACUCAAACACUACGUACAAGUUCUGGUUAAACAUCCGGCAGGAGACGUCCAACCAGCGAAAUGAGCAUAAGUAUGGGUGAGCUUAACCAUUUUUGUGAUGCUGUGAACGUUGCCUAUAGAACGUUAUCAUUGCGCUAACCUACACCGGUCAGCGUCCCAUUUAUUUUGUACUUUAGCCUCUGCCGCACGCCAAGAAAGCAUGCUCGGAAAUUACCAAAGCACUAGGCAGCGCACCAGUAGCAAAU